GCGUGUUAUGGUGCGGAAAAUAAUUGCGAUAUACUAAAAUUUAAAAUGUGUUCCGAUAGCGAGCUGAUAUAUUUGAUAGACCAGAAGUACGGGUCGAAGAAUGGGUCGUGUUCUACUAUCGAAAACAAUUGCUUUAUGUCAGGCUCAGGAUGCUGCUCCCAAACGGGGAGCGACUGUUUGAAGGACUACGCACAAAGUCAUGCAUACGACUUACAUCGCGCUUGCUCUGGCAAAUCGAAUUGUGAAAUACAGGCUGCCGGAAACUUGAACUGUUAUGGAAAUCCGGAAUGGUCUACUUAUGGGAAAAUUUCUUUUUCCUGUACACGUGCUUCAGAUGUGGUGCAUUUUUGCGAUCACGCUAUCGUCGAAAAGGAAUCAGCCCACAUUAUAUUUGACAAGCAGGAAUUUUCAUCAAACAACCACUCGUUUUGCUCAUGUAACGUGGCAUCUAGUGAGAAUUUGAUUGUUACCUACGUUGACGUCCGGUUGGAAAGGUUUCACACAACAAAAUCAACAACGAAUUGCUCCUCCUCAAGGCUGGACAGUUUUCCACAGAUCCAUACCCCUAUUGUGUGCACAAGCACAUUAGACGACUAUGCAAACUUUGUGUACAAACGAACCGUCAACACGACUAUCCGUAAUGUGCGUUUAGAAUUAAACGAUCUGUUCAAAUUGGACGCAUUUGACUCGCCUGUGUACGUUUGGGUUUUGGUUACAGCACGCAAUAAUGCAAAUGUAAAUGUUUCUUGCGCAUCACUUAUGACAACACCAAAAAUCACAACGACGACGACGAAGACAACAACAACAGCAACACAAACAACAAUGAACACAACAGAAUAUUCUACUCAAAUACCCAGUUCAACAACAGACACAAUGACGACGACGAAGACAACAACAACAGCAACACAAACAACCAUGAAAACAACAGAAUAUUCUACUCAAAUAUCCAAUUCAACAACCGGUAUGACGACACUAGAGUCACCAAAACCAAACGAAUCCACGCCUGGUUUCACGGUUGUAACAACGAGUAUCCCAUCUCAACAUUCAGUUCCAUCUACUACAGAAAACAGUACAGAUACUAAUGAUUCCGGAACGCCGAAUACUGUGGUAAUUGGCGGGGCCGUUGCAGCAGGUCUUGUUGUGCUGGUAAUUUCCAUAGCACUGGUCUGCAUUAUAAGGUUAAAAAGACGCGGGCAACGCCCAAAAACAAUACCUGAAAUUCCGAAAAAAGACACGGACACAGAUGACUAUGCUGUUAUCCCAUGCGACAUAAAUUCUCUAUACGAUAAUAAUGUAAAUAGUAAAAAUAAAGUGGCCGAGGAAAAGGAUUCAGGAAACACACGCAUACCAGGAGUACCAUUACGCAAUGAAGAUAAGUUUCAGACCAAGCCGAUUCUGAAAGUACUUCAUUCGGAUGAUAAUUACAUAGAAUUUAUCAAAGCAAGUUCUUCAAAAGAUCAAUAUCAACUUCCAAAUAACACACAGUGCAAAAACAUGAAGCUUGUAGACGAGCAACGACCAGUUAGCAAUCUUGAAGACCAGAAACAGAAAGUGGACAUACUAUUUUCUGACGAUUUGGAAUAUUAUAUUGAACCCGUGUCAGACUUUAACACACCUAAGCCUUGCAUUCAAAUGACGUCCCUACCGUUGCAAAAUUAGGUUAUACUCAACAUGCAAACUACGAACCAAACCAAACAGAUUAGCAACGGUGGAGACAAGAUAACAGAUACGCCACAUCCAAUUUCCCCACCAAUUCUACGCAAAAAGACAGCUGAUGAUAAUAUGCGUGUUUGUAUGCACAGACGCGAUGCUCCAAUAUUAAGCACCAAAGCUGGUAAUUGAGAAGAGGAAGGUAUAAAUGUACGCGACUAAAUUUAUCAGAAAAAAAAACUCCUGGCGUUAAAAGUGCUUCAUCCGCAGUGCCAAGUGCCAAUUCAGUAUAAUCGAACUAUAAACACUUCUUCAACAAUAGGCAGUGCUGAUCAAAACUCAAUUAAUAUAUAUAUAUAUAUAUAUGAGAUUUGUAUUAUUACUAAAACUAAACGACUUUUAGUUUAACAAUUUUGGUGUCAAUGCAGAUGUAACCAAUAGUGAAGCUGUCGUCAUAAUCCGGCUUGUUUUAGGUUAUUUUAAUUAAACAUUUACUGGUACUGGUAUGAACUUUAACCAAGUGUGCAAUUGCAUAUGUAUCCGCAUCGAUCGCACAUCAUAUUCGGUGAACAUAUUGACUUCUUGCUUAAUUGACCAGUCGCCAAAUACACGAUCGCUCCGCCCACUAAGUUGUGUUUUCAUAAACGCUUAUUCCAUUACUCCGACAGUCUUUGUUUGUCGGAACUCGUCGCCGCAAUAAACGAAAUAUGAUUGAUUAUUACGUGAGUUUGAUUGACAGUUGGCGAGUGGUCAAUUUGUUUUCAGGCUACCGAUAAUUAUAUAAUAAUAUAUCAUGAACAUCAUUGUAUUUGUGUUAUAAGUAUUUUCAGUGGCUUUACAUAGGGCAUCGUGUUUGUUUUCCAAAGUCUACAUCAUUUCUUGUUGUAAGGAUCCUAACAUUAUAUGUAGUCAUAUUAUCGCGUUUGACUCAAUGCAUGUCGCCGCAGAUGAUCCCCAUUGUAUAUGCGCAUUGUUAUAAGUAAUACAAGGUGUAAUAACAAGCGCUUGUCAAGUAAAGUAUAUUACAUUUUAUUCAAAGAGUCGGUAAAAACCAUGCAAUAUUGAUAGUUACAACAUGCCUAAGAUAUAAUUCAUUAUUCAGACAAAUUAUCUCCUAUCUAAAUACACUGAUAAUUAUAACACAUAAACCC